AUGAUCUGUUUCAGAAGGAAGACUUACUUGGCCACAGGGCUUUGUCUAGUGGCAUUUGCUUCCAUGCUAACUGUUUCCUACCACCGGAUACAGAAAUACUCUCAGCUCCCAAAAAUAGUUGGGGAAAAAGGGAAACAGCUUUGCAGAAGAGAAGUCACCAAUAAUUCAAUUUCAGUUUUAAAGGACACCAACGCAUUGGUCAUUGCCCCAUAUUUUGAUAACAGGGAGGAGAAGUUGACUCGGAUAAUUGCCAUCGUGCAUCACGAGAAAGUCAAAGAACACUAUUGUUGGUUUUGUUGCCUGGCCAAGGAUGAAGUAUACAUCUCCAAGGUGGUGAUAAAUAUCCAUUCGGAUCGAUUUGGGUUCCCGUUCGCAGUGGCAGACAUGGUUUGCGUGGAGCCCGCGAACUGCGAGCCCCGUUAUGUGGCUUUGCACCCAUUUCCUAAAGGGGACAUCAAUCUGUUGCCGUGGUUCGAAAUCAAAAACCGGAAAUUUGAGACUUCCCCUGUGGAAUUUACAGUGUGCAUCUCCACCAUGUUUGGAGACUACAACAACGUCCUGCAGUUCAUCCAGAGCAUGGAAAUGUAUAAACUCCUUGGGAUGCAAAAGGUGGUGGUCUAUAAGAAUAGCUGCAGCCAACUGAUGGAGAGAGUCUUAGACUUUUAUGUGGCCGAAGGGACUCUGGAGAUUGUUCCCUGGCCGAUCACAUCCUACCUCAAUGUUUCUACACAAUGGCGUUCCAGAGACGAUGGGACCCAAAUUGGCUACUAUGGACAAAUUGCCGCCUUAAAUGACUGCGUCUACCGGAAUAUGUACAGAAGCAGGUAUGUGCUGCUGAACGACGUGGAUGAAAUUAUUCUGCCCAUCAAUCAUACAAAUUGGAAAACCAUGAUGGAGAGCCUCGAGGAGCAAAAUCCAGAGGAUGGCGUCUUCCUCUUUGAGAGCUAUGUUUUUCCUAACACAGUUUUCACCUCCAACUCUGCCUCCAUCCCGUCUUGGAACAUGGUACCUGGGGUCAACAUACUCCAUCAUGUUCUCCGAGAACCAGAUCGGAAAGAGGUCUUCAACCCACGGAAGAUGAUCGUCAAUCCCAGGAAGGUGAUCCAGACGUCUGUUCACUCAGUCCUCCAGGCGUUUGGAGACAGCGUGAAAGUUCCUAUGGAUGUUGCAAUGGUGUACCAUUGCCGAACCCCUCUCCAACGAUCACUGUCUAGAAAAUACCUAAUUAGGGACACAACGCUCUGGAGAUAUAACUCAUCACUUAUUAGUAAAGUUAAUCAGGUGCUACAAAAUAUACCAUUGUCAUUGGAGAAGCGGUAAACAUGGGGAAAGAAUAUUGAUAAUCAACCUUUAGAUCAGUGGUUCUCGAACUUUUUACCUUUGUGACCUCCUUUAUAUCUGUAUGUGGACAUUGUGCACCCUCUCACUCAACGUAUAACAAUAUUUUAUUUGUUUAGUGUGUGUAUUUUUGUUUCUAUCUGAGAAUACGAAUUAGAAGCUAGAGCAAGAGUGAGAGCAUAUUUGCAUUGCAUCGAUGUGCAUUGCAUUCAUGUGCCAAACUGUUUAUCUGCCAUUA